CGUCACUGUCAUUGUGUCAUUUUCUUGUGUGUAAACUGUAGUGUGGAGUUGGAGCACUUUAUUGUAGGAAGAAACAGUAAUUUUUAGAAUGUUUUAUCCAAGUAAAGGACUAUUAUUGCGACUUAUUCUAGCCUGUACAGUGAUUGUGGUAUUAGGACAUAGUCAUAGUCACUCCCAUGAUCAUUCUCAUGGAAAUGAACCACCAGCAUUCAAAUACUCCAAAGCUGCAAAUGAACAACAGAAAAGUGAAAAAGUGAUAACUGAACCCGAUUACGAUUUAUACGUCAGAGCAUUAAGUUCAACACUCUUUAUUAGUGUAGUGCCGUUUUUUAUACUUUUCUUUAUACCUAUUGACGGUACGGUAGAAAAACAACCGUUACUCAAGAUAUUGCUCUCAUUCGCUUCCGGCGGUUUACUUGGUGAUGCAUUUCUGCACUUGAUUCCACACGCACUUGUGCCUAGUGAUGGCUCAGGAGGACACAGCCAUAGUCACUCACAUGACGGCGGGCAGCACGAACCACAUGACAUCACAGUUGGUCUUGGAGUGUUAGGAGGAAUUAUAACAUUCUUAGUAGUAGAGAAAACCGUCCGGCUAUUUGACGGCGGCCAUGGCCAUUCACAUGGAGGGGACAAGAAAAAAUCAGAUGAAAAACAAAAGAAGAAAUCCAAAGACAAAAAAGAAGACAUCAAGAUAGCUGGAUAUUUAAACCUUGCUGCAGACUUCACUCACAACUUUACUGAUGGCUUAGCUAUUGGAGCUUCAUACAUUGCCGGACAAAAUAUAGGUCUAAUUACGACUAUUACUAUAUUUUUGCAUGAAAUUCCUCAUGAGAUUGGUGAUUUUGCAAUACUUGUUCAGUCUGGAUGUUCAAGAAGAAAAGCCAUGAUGUUGCAGUUGUUGACAGCAUUUGGUGCUGUAUCUGGCACUGUCCUGUCUAUUUAUCUGAGAGGUUCAGGAGAAGGCCUAGUCUCAUCCCUGAUAUUACCUUUCACCGCUGGAGGCUUCAUUUACAUUGCCACUGUCUCUGUAAUUCCUGAACUAUUAGAAAGUUCCACAAAGCUUUCACAGUCCAUCAAAGAAAUAGUGGCUCUAUUAGCUGGAGUCUACAUGAUGGUACUUAUUGCACAGUAUGAGUAAUUUUGUAUGGUGUUGCAAUGUAAAUACAUGUAAGUUUGUUUAGUUACUAGUUAACAUCACAUAUUAAUUCAUAUGUAAAAUGAUAAUUAAGUUUACCUUGUUUAUUCAUCCUGUAGUGAUUUCUUUUAUUGUAUGAGUGAUGUAAGCAUAGGUACAACUAUGAGAAUAUUUUGUCUCACCAAACAUUUCUAUUGUUAUAAUGUUUCAUAGAAUCUAUUGUGAUUUUUGAUGGUUAGUACCAUAUCUUGUUAUCAUAAUAUACAAAAUGCUUUCUUGGAAGGAACUUGAUACAAGUGAGAUCAAAUAGAGAAACAAAUAAAACAUUAAAUGCAGAAA